UGUUUGUGUAACAGCCCCUGCGUGGCGGCCGGCCCUCUCAGCUCCCUCUCUUCCACUUGGUUACGGUUGCUGCACACAUUGUCAGAGAGCAGAAAGGGGAAAGCGGACAGCUUGAUCCAGUCCAGGGGACAUAUGGACAGAGAUGGUGAGGAUAUGAGCAGGAUUUCCAGAGGCACUUUGUGAAGCUCUUUUGGACACUACCUGGAAUCUAGGAAUCAAGGAGAAAGUGUGUAUAGCCCAUUAGCGCCACCUCACGCAGGUGGGCCAGGCAGGCCAGGCAGGCCCUGGCAGGUUGGUGUCACAUCUUCGGAUCAAGGCAUACAGUGUGAGAGGAAGAGGAGUGUGAGGAGUGCAGCGGAUUUGGAGAGCAGAAGGCUUGGUGGUGCUGUGCAGGAUGCCCGAGAAGAAAGUCAGCCUCCCUGCUAAGCUGAUUAAUGGGGGUGUGGCAGGGCUGGUGGGUGUCACCUGCGUGUUUCCCAUUGAUCUGGCCAAGACCCGCCUUCAAAAUCAGCAGGGUGCUCGAGUCUAUAGUGGGAUGCUGGACUGUUUGACUAAGACGAUUAGGACAGAGGGCUACUUCGGCAUGUAUCGAGGCGCUGCAGUGAACCUCACCCUCGUAACUCCUGAAAAAGCCAUCAAACUUGCAGCCAAUGAUGUCUUCAGGCAGCAGCUCUCUAAAGACGGGAAGUUGCCCUUGUGGGGGGAGAUCCUUGCAGGCUGUGGGGCGGGAACAUGUCAGGUGGUGGUCACCACCCCCAUGGAGAUGCUGAAAAUACAGCUGCAGGACGCUGGCAGGUUGGCUGCCCAGAGGUCGGUCUCGGCCUCGGCUCCGGCCGCCUCUCCGGCUCCCUCUCUGGUGGCGUCUCGAACAGCUCAGUCAGGUCAUGCUGCAGCACGCCGGGCUUCAGCCACCAGCAUUACUCUGGAGCUGCUAAGGACGCGGGGCCUCAGGGGGCUGUACAGGGGCACUGGGGCCACUCUGCUCAGGGACGUCCCGUUCUCCAUGAUCUACUUUCCGCUGUUCGCCAAACUCAACGCGGUGGGUCGGAGAGAAGAUCUCCAUGGUAACCCCCAGCACCGGGCUCCCUUCAUGCAGUCUUUUAUGGCUGGCUGUGCGGCAGGUUCAGUGGCGGCUGUGGCGGUCACUCCACUGGACGUCAUAAAGACUCGGCUUCAGACCUUGCAGAAGGGGGAGGGAGAAGAUUCAUACAGAGGAAUCAUCGACUGCACACGGCGCAUCCUGAGUCGAGAGGGGCCGCUGGCCUUUCUUAAAGGGGCGACGUGUCGAGCGCUGGUCAUCGCCCCGCUCUUUGGGAUCGCCCAGGGCGUGUACUUCCUGGGUAUCGGGGAGAAGGUGCUGGGGCUUUUGGGAUAGAGACGGAGAAGGCGGCGUCUCAUCUUGAAGAACAAACACACAGUACUGUUUCUACAUGUGGAGAGGGGGGUGAUGAGGGAGGGAGUAAGUGGUUAAAAAGAGGGAGAUGUCCACUUACUUAACCAAAGGAGUCAGGGAAGUUGAGGGGAAAGACAGGGAGGGUUGCUAACGCUAACACAAGCAGUGACAUUGCACACUAAUCGCUUUUCUUUAGUGUUCUAAAAGCUGCAAACAGGGUUCUUUGGGCUAAACAGGGUCCUGGGUAGGGUCUUCAGUAAUCAGAAGGCAUGGUUUACCAGAUACUGCCGAAAGCUGAAUACUGUAAAUGUGGGUUAGAUGUUGUGAACAAAACCUCACCUUUCCAAAGCGGUUUGAAUCGAGCGGAUCAGGCCCUCUUCAAGCAUUUUUCAGGAUAACCUUUAUCUGCCGCAUCUGUAUCAUAGCAUCAACUACAACAGAUAUUAAAUUCAACUAAACUUGUGGCAGUAUUCGGUAAUUCAGUAUACCACGAUAUUAAACAUGCACAAUAACAUUAUCAGGGACACUUCGAAAUACUGACACUGCAAUUUAGUCAGACAAGUUGCAGUCCCACUGGACUAAGUUAUGCAGAUCACUACACUGUCACAUUCUCAUCACGUGAUAGUUUUACAAGUGGAACUGGAAAAAAAAUCAGCCGCAGCACAGCAGAAAGAGGAGCAGACGGAGAACUUUCUCUCCCUCGUGAAGGUGAAAAAUCAUGUCUCGCUCAGCUUUGAGAGUGAAAAAAUGCUCACACUCGUGAAUACAUGUAUGUUUGCAGUCACAAAUUUUGUGUGUAUGAAAUAAAAGGCUAAAAAUAAGACCGAAGUUCUGUUAAACAACCAGAUCAGCAGGCUGAGUUAGGUUUUAAGUUGAAAUGUUUACUAAAUAAUCCCGUUAAACUGGAACAUCCAAAGUAAAAAAGGUUACCUAAAUAUUUGUUACACGCUUUGUCCAGAGUCUGUGUGUAGACUCGAGCCUUGCAGUACUGAACCCAGUGUGGGGAAAGGAAAAUUCCACUGCUGUGCUUGAUGCUAACAUAUAAUGAAAAAUCUCACAUUCCUGCUAGCAUAAAUUAGCAUUAUCGCUGUUUUUUGACAAAGGUUUCUAAUAAAGGUUUAUUUUAUUGAAUAUUUUAUUGUAAAUAUUGCACACUGCUAUUAUACAAUGACA